AUCCAAACCCAUAUUUAGAGAGAGGAAGAGAAAGAUAGCAGCUGGCCAGGAGAGUGUACGUUUAUGCAUGUCCCUGUAAUACAAAGUUAAAUUAGAUCAUCAUCAUCAUCACUACGUCUUGAGUUCAUCCAAGUACGCAGCUCAGAUUGGCCGGGAUCGGAACAACUGAACAUCCAUCGAUAUACGUACUCCGUAUAUAUACAAUAUAACAAUGCAGGUCGUGAAAGAAUCAGUCGGAGUGGACGCCGGCGGCGGAGAAGGCCGGCAGGGGAUGAUCAUGAUGCAGUCGACCUACGAGCGAGUCCGGCUCCUGGCCUCCAGCAACGCGGUGGUCAUCUUCACGCUCAGCGGCUGCUGCAUGUGCCACGUGGUCAAACAGCUCCUCUUCGGCCUCGGGGUCGGCCCCACCAUCGUGGAGCUCGACCGCGACGCCGACGGACGAGAAAUCUACGCCCUCCUCCUCAAGCUCGCCGGCUCCGGCCAGCAGCAGGCCGUCCCGGCGGUGUUCGUCGGCGGGAAGUUUUUAGGCGGGAUAGAGACGGUGAUGGCUUGCCACAUCAACGGCACACUCGUCCCUCUGCUCAAGGAAGCCGGAGCUCUGUGGCUCUGACUGGCGGCCCGUGUUCUUGAAUUCACGGUGAACCGGAAUAGUGUCAGGUCAAAGCCCAUAUAUAUUUGACCAAGCAGGCGUAAAACCUAUAUAUUAGGUAGCAACAUAUAGGACAAUAGAUCAAAGUGACAUGCAUGCAUGCUUCUACCUGUUUAAUUUCAAGGGGACAAACAAACAUAUUAUUAUAAGCUAAGGAUCAGAGCUCAGAAACUGUCUCGUUACUUCAAUUGAUCAGAUAUCAGUGCAGUCUCAUCUGUUUUUAUUUGAAUCAAUUAAUUAAUGAAUGGGUAGGCUUACUUUCUCAUUAUAUUAGUAGUACGAAUUGAAGUUUUUAUUUGAAUCUAUAUGUAUAAUAUAUACUGCUCGCUAGCUUCUAUUAUAAUUACGUACGUACUUUGGUAUUAAUUAAUCAUGUAAUAUAAUCUAAUUACGAUCCUUGUUAUCAUUUGUCAAUUGAUUUUU